GAAAUCAAUAGGUAAGUAAGCUAUAUUGCCUCAUUACUCUGAUAUACGUCCUUCGUUCAGGAACUCGUGCCCAUAGGAGGGAGUACAUCAAUAUUAUUGCAAUGACUACUCAAUCUUGUAUGAUUUCCUCGAUUGGCUCGAUCAUCUAUCUUAUCCUCUACGCGAUGGAUAAUUUUGUUCAGUAUCCAUUCAUAGCCAUCCAGAAUCAAAUGCAGGUCAUUGCACCAUUUGUAUUGAUCUUGAGAAUCAUCCAGGGACAAGUGUGGACAAGACGGACAGAUGUUAAUACCACAGAUCAUUCGCUUCAAAGUGGUAUCGAGGAUUUCCUUCCAGCUUCAGCGAGCAUCGUCUUAGUGCUCGUUCUUCUGAGGCAUCCACCGUCGUAUUGGCUUAUGGAAUUCCACAUUAUUAACAAAUAGCUCCGUCACGACCCUAACAUAAAUGUACAGAACGGUCAGAACAUUUACAUAGCCGUCUAGACUUUCGUCAUGGACUGAUUUCUGCAAGCGGUAGAACAGAAGUAAUCAGUUCCAGUCUGUGGGUAGCGUUGGCACAUAAUGCA